ACUGAAGCAUUUUUCUGCUUCAUCUUGACAUCUUUCUAAAACGAAGUGGUCAUUGUGUACUAUCAAAAGACACUCUUGUAAACAAUAAGUGUGGAAUAUUUUGUGCCACAAAGUUCUGUACACCAACGCGAAUUUCCAACAAUGACCUAAAGGAUAAAUUGGGCAAAAAAUUACUGGGAAAACAAUUACUAAUUUUUUCUGCUGAGUUCUACUUUUCGCACUAUAUUGACGUCAAUAGCUGUGGUGUUUGUAUGAAGUGAAAUCAUGGUCUAUAGUUGCAGGUGUUCAUCUGGGGGUAAUGAAGUGCGGUAGAAUUAUUUUGGUAAAAGGAUUGGUGCUGGGAUGAUGCGUUGUGCGUUCUGUGGAUAUUUUCCGCGACCGUUAAUUUUGAUUCAAAUCACCCGCCAAUUUGGAUUGUCAGCACCGCUGUCCAAUCAGCAUUCGGUAUUUGUGGCCUGACUUUUUUCGGCUUCGGUAGCGGCACCCGAAGUCAGCAGUAUAAAAGGGAACGACACACGAAUAGCCAGUCAGUUUUCUCCGAACACUCUGUGGCUAAAGAUACUCUUGGUGCGUGGGUUUGUUCUCAAUGUUGAGUGUUUGAUUUUUCUUUUGAGUUUUUCUAGAGAGAAGCGCCUCAAUUCACCCAAUUUCUGUGUUUGUGAAACAAUGUGCAAAGCUAUUGCCGUUUAUUCGUGUGACACGGAUCUAAAUUAAAACGGGAAAUUACAUAAAAAUAGCCACUUUUAUCCACAAAAAUCAUCCCUCCUUCUUACGUGUGCGCCCAAUUGAGCAAUCCCAAAAAAGACCGAGAGAGAAACACCUUUUUCUUUCGAGCCACCAAGUUGCCCAAAAAAACUGAGGAAAAAUAUUUAGCAGUGUUUUUUUUUUGGCAUCAGUGAAUUGUUGAAAUUUUUGUUAGUCUCAAAACAAUAAUUCAGUUGGAUCACUAUUUUUUUUUUGGUGUUUUGUGGAGUGCAAUCCCACUUCUGGUAUAAAAGAAAAUUUUUAAUCAACGCGGGACAGUUGACAUUUCUUCUCUUCUACUUGGAAUCCGGCUGGAGUGACCAAAAAUGAAUGGAUAUACAGAUUUAACCACCAACAUCGAAAACAGCCGAAACUGUCUGAGGCGAAUUGCUCGUCACGAUGAUCAGGAAUUCUCCAAUCAGAGCAUAAUCAAUGUGAUGGAGAAAUUUGUAAAGACAGUCAAUGCCAUGGAUGAAACAAUUCUCGUUCCUUCCCGCCUUAUGGAUCGUCAGGUGGGAGAUUCUACUGAUACAGUUCCAGUUUCGCCAAAAAAUUUCCACCAUGGCCAUUCAAAGAGUAAGAAGCGGGAUACAGUUCGGGAAUACCUGAAUUCGGCAGAUCUCCUCAAGCUGUACAAUAUGCUGAAUCUGGUGAAGAAUGAUCUGCUGUGGGCACGAAAUGAUACCACAGAGGAGGCGGUGAAGCAGGAAAAGAGUACAGGGGAGUUGAGUACAAAUCUUGUCAAGGAGGAACAGGCCAGCAAAAGUGGGGAAACAAAGGAGGAAGUGGCAACGGUAAAGGGGCACGUUAGACGACCAAGCACCAUCUCAAUGUCCUCCUCCAAUUCUGUGAGUACCCUGAGUGAUUCAGAGAGUGAAAUCUCCAAUGAGAAUGACUCGGGAAUUGAGUCUGAGAGACGUCGGGAUCUCGAUAAGAGCCAAGAAUUGGCAAAGCAAUUCCGAACACACCUCCUUGGACUGUACAGGAGCCUCGAGCAGAUGACAGAGGCAGCCAACUAUCUAACAGCCCGAUAUCAGAGUGAUGUGGGUCCAGUAUAAUUUUCUAUUUAAAAAAAAAUACAUGCCCCAGGAGAAAAAAAUAAGAGCAGGAAGAGGUUAACAGGAAAAGAAAAGAAAUUAUCAAAAAAAAAACUGAUGGGAGCCAAUGAGGGAGGGAGAUAGAAAGAUUGUACCAAUCCCAAGCCCACCACCCAAUUUUAUAUAGUCGUUAAAAAAAAGAAGAAAGAACUGUGAAGAUGGAAAAUCGCAUGUCUUUAUUUUGUAGAGCAAAAAAAAAGAAAAAAAAAUCAACCAAUAACUGAACCCCCACAGAUUGCCACAUGAGUAAGUCAAUACUAAAAUUAUUUUCAAAAAAAAAGAAGAAAUUUAGUUGCAGGGCAAUUUCCUAAUAAUCUUUUCUUCCUUGGAAGACUCCUUGUUCCCCCAAUUGAGGAGAAAUCUUUAUUUUUUCUCCUCCUUUUCGCUCAAUUAUUCAUAAUAAAUUAUUAUACAAUUCAGUCUAGUACUUUUCCUUUCCUCACAGUCACUGGUCGAGAUAUUAGGCGCAUUUGCUUUAUACAGUAGAUAUUUUAAUAAAUGGUCUUCUUGGUUUCCUAAAAAUGUUCCUGGAGGAAUAUUACAGGAAAUAUUUGAAAUAAUUUUCAAACGAGAUUUCAAUUGCUUUGAAAGGAAUUGACAGCUGUCAUUUUAAAUGACAGAAGAAAAAUGAAAAAGGGAAGUUUUUCUCCUGAACGUAACAAUGGACUUUUCCUCAUGUUGGUCCGUGUCACGUGUGUUAAGUAGUUUUUGAAUUUAAACGACGACGAAGACUGAGAAAAACAGUGAAGACAGGAACCAAUGCAGAGAAAAGUCGAUAAAGCAGAAGAACAUGAGAACAGCUAUGUACUAAAGAAAAUGUUCAGGAGAGAGACUUCCCCUUUUUAGUUUAUAUUGGUACACUGAGAAAAAAAGAGGGUGCGAUUAACUUUUUUUCAUCAUAACUUUAACACUUUAGGUGUAAAAAUAUAUCAACAUUUUUUAAUGUUAAUUUUACACCUUUUUAAGGGUAAAAUUAACAUGAAAGAGGGUAACUUUAACCCCCAAUACACCUAAAAAGGGUAAUAUUUACACCGAUUUCGGAUCAAUACUGCAGGGUAAAAUUAAUAUUUCCGGAAUGUUAUUUUGACUUUUUCGGAUUUCUCUCAGUGUAUAGCACCAUAACUCGGUUGCCGAUCUGUCGAUUUUUCUCAAGGAUGAAACCAAUCUGCCAAUUUUAUACAAAAAUUGUGUCAAUUUAUUGCUAUCUGCAAGGAUCAUGCCAAAAUAUUGAUCUUUGCAAAUAUCGUACUGAUCCACCGAGAUGUCGAUCUUUGCCAAUCUUCUGAUUUGUCAAUGUCAGUAAAAAUCUGCUAAUCUAUACAAAUAUUGACCUUCAUUCCUUCUCAGUGAGAUCCUUUGACAUUUGCCAAUGUAACUUUGACAGAUGUCAAAUAUGUAAUUAAAGCCAAAGCGACAUUUUCUAUAAUCACUUCCAAUAAAAAUGUGUAUCUUUCCAAUAAUAAAUUAUUUAAUUAUACAAUUUUAAAAUUCUGGACUGAUUGUUACGUGGCUGUCAUCGGUUUAAUUUUGAAAGCUGUCACAAUUAUAUUUCACAAACAAAAAGGAACUUUAUGAUUUUUUUUUAAAAAGUAGACUCAUUUUAAAUUCAUAAUAAGGGAUUAAAAUUUGUAUUUGCCGCUAAAAUUCUAAUAAAAUGUUUUUUUUCUGUUACAACAGUUAAAAAAUAUAUCACUUUGACAGCUGUCAAAUUUAUGUCACAGCAAGACCGAAUUUAGUUUUACUCUCAAUUAAAAAUCUAAAGAGAUUUCCAGAAGAGAAAUAGGUACAUGUAACAUAUAAAACAUGACAGAAUUUCAAUUUCAUUUAACAGCUGUCAGGUGUAUUUUCACAGUUGUCACAAUUACAUUAUUAUCAAUGUGAUAAAAGCAUCGCAGCUUGCGUAUAAGGUUUUCAAUUAUUAUUUUAUUCUUUUUUUAUGACUGUAAAAUUUUAUUUUGGCAGUUGUGAAAUUUAUUAUCUUAGAAAAAAUAGGGGUUGCUUUUGCGUGACUUUAAAAUUGUGAACUGAUUCCCAGAGAAGAAGCGAAUACGGUAAAGAUCUAAAAACUUGAUAGAAUCUAGCCCAGUUUGACAGCUGUCGAAAUUAUUUGACAACUGUUCUUUUAUUCAAAAUUAGUAGCUUUUUCUAUUCUGCACACUGAGCUCUGCGAUAUUGAGCUGAUUGGAACCGAAAUAGACAGAUAAAAACCCAUGAGAAAAGGAUAUUACUUCAUCAUAUUUGACCGAAUGUUAUCAUACUUUCACAGCUGUCAAAUGUCAUUAAAUUGAGCUUUUUCUAAUUUUUUUUCGGACAAAAGCAAUCUUUAUUGCGCUGGCACACAUUUUCAAUUGAGUGAAAUUCAAUAGAUUAUAAUUUUCUUCUUCUCUUUCAAACUGAAAUUAGAUAUAGCUCUCUCUUUCUGUCAAACGAAAAUUGAAAUUGAAAAUGAAAUUGAAAUUUCAAUUUUUAUUUGACAGAAAGAGACAAACAUAUGUUAUUUUAGUUUGAAAGAGUAAGAGGUAAAAUUUCAAUCGAUUGAAUAAAAUAAAAUUAGAAUUCAAUCAAAUUUUAAAUCCUUUUUGCAAGAUUAGUAUAAACUGACAGCUUUCAAAAGUUCAGUGUUUGAUCGAAUUUAACUUUUGACAGUUGUAAAAUGUUUUUAUUAAGUUAUCAAUAUUAUUUGUUCCCCUUGAUCUCCCUUAUUUUUUCUGCUAAAUGUAGUAUGGUCACUAAAAUUUGUCCUACAUUGACAGCUGUCAAAAGUUUAAUGUUUGACCGCAUUUGACUUUGAUAGUUGUCAAACGUUUUAAUGUUUUCUGACAGCUUUAAAAAUUGACAACUGUCAAUAUUUAUUUUUGAUCAAUAUUUCCUGAAAUAUUCCAAGCAAUUGAGAAGCCUAAAAUGAAGACUCAGCCUGAAAUUUUUCGACCAGGGAAUGUCACUGUAAGAUUUUUGUGUGUUAAUGAGCCAAAAAGUCACAAAAAAAUAUUUUUCAUCAGUGAAGAAAAAUAUUAACAGCUCAUAAAUUUAUGUUGUUCAAUGAGUGAAAUGUGCUGAGAGAGUGAAAGAGAGCGUGAAAGUGUUUUAGUUUUCUGCGGAGAAGAAAAAAAAAUAUUUUUUGCAUGAAAAGUAUAUUGCAAAAAAAACUGAUCAAAUUGAUAUUUAUUUGAUGGUUGAAUGGAAGGAACAAUGCUCAGUUUUGAAAAUUUUCUUCUCACGUCUUAGCCUUUUCGCAAUCAUUUGAGGCCAAUUUUCAAAUCUCUUGGCCAAUAGCGAAUGGCGAAAAAUUGUAAAAAAAUAAAAAAGAAAAAUUACGUGAGAAGGAAAGAGUGUGAAAGAGUGAAAACGCAGUGGCUUUAAUUUCUAGAAAUUCUUAUAAAAAUAUUGGAACAAAUUUGCAAAAUGUUGCCUUGAAGAAAAAAAAAAAUUAUAUUAUUACAUUUAGAAAUGAGAGAAAAAAAUAAGAAAUCUUAUUUAAUUGUAUGGAAUUUAUUUUACUUAGUAGGUGGUAAUUUUCUCUUAAAAAUAAAUUGAGAUGAUAAGAAAAUUAUUCUCGAUUUAUGUAAUUUUUCGGUAUAGCUUUUCCAAAUGAUUUUUUUAAUUAGUGAAGGCAAAGAGAAAAUUAAAUGAUCAAGGAGAAAUUAAUUUAAUGUCAAGUUUAUUUUGUUUGAAAAUAGACAAGAUGUUAUUGGUGUUUUGGCAAUUACUGUAUUGCUCAAUCAAUUGCAAUAUCUUCUUAACACCAAAAUACUAUAUUUCUUAAAUAUUCAUUCCGUAUCCUAAGAAAUCUCACAAUUGAGCUACUCUGCAAAGAAAAUGAAGAAAAUGAGGAAGAGUAAAAUAUGGAAUUCUAUGUGUAUUUAUAGUCAUAUUUGAAUAAAUUGUAUAAAGUGCAAUUUUUUACAAUGAACAAACACUCUUUGGGUGGUCUUUAUUUGGAAUUAAGCUGAGCCAACAAUAUUGUCUAGCCAAAUAAAACUUAUUUAAAAAAAAAAUUAAGAAAAUAAAACUGUAAGAGUUUUAUUACAAAGAGAGGGGAUUAAAGUAAAAUAAAUAAAUUGAAUAUUGGAAUUGUGCGAUAGUGAAGAAUGGAUAAAAUGAAUGCGAGAGUGAAAACUAUAUUUUUUUUCUGUAAAUGUUUGCAUUUCUUAUCUUUCUUUCCUCGAAGAACCUCUUUUAAUUUUUAAAUGUUAAAUAUCUGAUAUACAUUUGUAUAAAAUUAAGCGGGUAAAGUUGAUAUAUAAUGUGAGAUGAUAAAUUAAUUAUAAAGAAAAAAUCUUAUUUGUAAAUAAUGAAUUGAAAAUAAAAUUUGUUAAAAUACUUGUAAA